CCCUUUAGCUGGUGCCCAGGCUGUCAGCAGAGAAGAAACAGGUAGCAUGGCUCCAGGAGAAAGGGAAAGGGAGGCGGGGCCGGCCAAGAGUGCCCUCCGGAAGGUCCGCACAGCAACCCUGGUUAUCAAUUUGGCCCGAGGUUGGCAGCAGUGGGCGAAUGAGAACAGUACCAAACAGGCCCAGGAGCCUGCAGGCUGGCUGCCGGGAGCAACUCAUGAUCUACCUAACACCCCUAAAGAAGCCGGUCCUUACCAGCAUGCCCCCAAAACUCUGUCUCCAAAGCCAGAUCGAGACGGAGAGGAACAACACUCAGAAGAAGCCACCGAGGUCUCCCACAUUAAAAGGAAAGAGGUGACCAGAACGGUUGUCAGCAAGGCUUAUGAGAGGGGAGGAGAUGUGAACUACCUGAGCCACAGGUAUGAGAAUGAUGGCGGCGUGUCUGAAGCUAUUCAGCCAGAGAAUGACAUUGACAGAAUCCUUCUUAGUCACGACUCGCCAAAACGGAGAAGAAAAUGCACCAACCUGGUAUCUGAGCUGACCAAAGGCUGGAAAGUGAUGGAACAGGAAGAGCCCACGUGGAAGAGUGACAGCAUAGACACAGAGGACAGUGGCUACGGAGGGGAUAUGGAGGAGAGGCCUGAGCAAGAUGCAGCGCCUGUGGCUCCUGCCAGGAUAAAACGCCCCUUGCUCUCCCAGGCAAACAGGUACUCAGAGACACUCAACUGUAAGGCCCAUCGGAAAUACAGCCAAGUGGACAACUUGAAAGGGAGGUGGCAGCAGUGGGCCGAUGAACACGUCCAGUCCCAGAAGCUCAAUCCCUUCAGUGACGAAUUUGACUAUGACCUAGCCAUGUCCACUCGGCUCCACAAGGGAGACGAGGGCUAUGGCCGCCCCAAAGAGGGAAGCAAGACAGCUGAAAGGGCCAAGCGAGCGGAAGAACACAUCUACCGGGAAAUUAUGGAACUGUGCUUUGUUAUCCGCACAAUGGCUCGCCACAGACGAGAUGGCAAGAUCCAGGUUACUUUCGGAGAACUCUUUGAUCGGUAUGUUCGCAUUUCUGAUAAAGUCGUGGGCAUCCUCAUGCGUGCCAGGAAACACGGACUGGUGCACUUUGAAGGAGAGAUGCUAUGGCAAGGCCGAGACGACCAUGUUGUGAUUACUCUCCUUGAGUAAGCCCGCAACAAAUCCACUCACCGCUGUUAAAUAGUAAUGUGUUACAAGCUCCAAGGCAAGCUGCUCUGCAAUGUUAUCAAUAUUAAAUGAUUUUAUAUAAAUGGCUUUUGGUACUGUUUCUAUGAAGUUACUAUGUGAAGAUUUUGACGAAGACACUCAACUUUUUGGAAGAAUGUAUUAAGACUAUAAUACAUAGUAUAUUGAUAUUUGGAAUUCCACUUACCUUUUUAAGCAAAAAUUUCUGGCCUUCAUUGAUAAAAUUAUUAUAAAUUGAAAAGUACACAGUACAGGUAAGAAAACUGACCUGAGAUAAAGUAGGACAACAUCGCAAUGUAAGUAAUAUUUUAGGGGAAAAAAAUUCCAUUAAGCUGAAUAAAAUUGGAAGUUUGACUUAAAAAAAAUCCUCACCAGCCCAGAAUGACCUCCAACUCUAUUUAACAAAGGAUGACUUCAAACCCUUAUGUCAGCUCUUCCUCGGUAGUGCUGGGGCCGCAGGCUUAUACGCAAUCAUUUUCACUUUGUUAAAGUGGCAGGGCUCAUGCCUGCCCAGGAAGUACUCCAUUUCUGAGAAUAUUCUCCACUCUUUUGGAAAAAAAAAAAAAUCACAGCACCUUUGGUGGGUAAACAAAGUUAGAAUUCAAGAUGUUGAAGCUCCUCUGUGUGGUUUGAUUACAGCCAGGUUCCUUUAAUCAGCUUUCCUCAUUCGGAUGUGAACAAGUCCUGCAAAAACAAAUGCUAUCAGGGGCCUCAUGACCCACAAAGACGGUACACACCAGGGCAGUGGGACACUGGUGGGAGGGUCAGACUUGUCUUUGUGGAGUUCAUGAGCAGGUUUGAUUUUUGGUGAAAGUCUUACUGGACAAUGCUGUUUACAUUAUGCUAAUAAAUGAACAAGAAAUACAGAAACUCUGUGAAGUGAAUAUUCAAUGGAGAAAAAGCUCAUAGAAUCAUUUAAUUUAAAACCUGGGACAUAUUUCUUUCCUGUUCUAAUAAAGAAAAUGUCAUAAAACAAAAAAAGUAACCAAAACAAACAAACACAGUAUCAGUUCUUCUGAUACUGGUAAAGAAAAAAGCUAAUUUAAUACAAGGAAGUUGACACUUACCUGCCUGUGACUAACUUUUUCCUUAAUGUGUAUUAUAACUCUAAAGCCAAAUGAAUAUGAGGCUACAAUUUUUUACUGUAUUGGAAAA